ACAUACACACACAUACAUAUACACAUAUACACGAUGAGCAUCCACGCCUCACUCCUGGGCAAGCGGUACAUGGCGACAAUGUUGCACCUUGUGGCCAUUCUGUGUGCGUUUUACUCGUUGCAAAACAAUGUGCGGGCGGCGCUGCCGGUCAACUACAAGCAGUCCGAGUACAACAAGAAGAUGGACGAGGCUAUGAUCUCGUGGGGUCUGGCCAUGGCGUUUAUUGCUGCAGAGCUGGUCCUCAUGAUUGCUGGCUUCUCGCUCUUCUACGCUCUCCUCGCUGUCUUUGAUAUCUUUGUCCACGUCGUCGGCACCAUCACUGUUGUCUUCUUUAUUGCCAACGAGUGGCACGUCCACACCCUCUGGUACAUCUUCAUUCUCACCGUGCUCAUCCCGCUGCUGGCAGAGCUCGCCGCUGUUCUCUCCAUCGUCAUCUUUCGUCGCCGUCCGUUCUAGACUUCGCUUAAACAUCGGCCGCUGCUCC